CCGCCGGCUCCGUCCCGGUGCAGCACUGCAGUCUCAUCACAUCCAGCUCCGACCGCUGGCAGGUGGAAACACACCCACGAGGGGCUGCGACAAUGGCUUUCAUCUCAAUCUGUUCCAUUUUGGCCCUUGUGAUUUCAGCAGAAGGUAGUGUUGGACCGAGUACCAACAACAGCUUCUGCACUGAAUCAAAGGAGUGUCUGGAAUACGAACUGGUCUGCAAAACAGAUGAGUAUGAAGUACGACACUACAGCCCCACCCGCUGGGUGUCAACAGAUGCUGAAGCCUAUUUCAUGGGAGUGGGUGCUGCUAUGGCCUUCAGGAGACUUUUCCAGUACAUCACUGGAGCUAACGAAGGAGGCGUCCAGAUGGAGAUGACCGCCCCUGUUCUCGUGAAGAUCCCAGAGGAGACCAAGAUGUGGGAGCCGGCUAUCUACACGCUCAACUUCCCGCUGCCCGCUGCCUAUCAGGACAAGCCGCCUGCCCCCACCAAUGACAAGCUGUACUUCACCGAGAUGCCAGACAUGGAUGUGUACGUGAGGAGUUACGGAGGCUGGAUGCUGUCGGUCACGUCCAGGCUUCACGCCCACCUGCUGACUAAAGAGCUGGAGAGAGUGCGAGCAUCCUACAACCGCAGUUUUCACUAUGGAGUCGGCUAUGACAGUCCCUUGAAGCUGCUGAACAGACACAACGAGGUGUGGUACGUGGCCGAGGGGGAGCCGGUUUGCACGGAUCCACAGGAACCGACUCCUGCGCACACAACCAUCUCCACCACGGCCGACUUACCCACGGACUCUCCGUCUGACCCUCAGCCAGACAUCCUCUCCGAUUCACCCUCACUUCCUCUCUCUAAUCUGUCCUCAAACGCAACAUUCAACUCUUCGUCGCAGCUGCCCUCCGACACGCCCACUGUCCCCCCAUCCACAGCACCGACCGCUCGUCCGUCUGUCCUGCCUUCUGACGCUGCAGCGAGCCGCCCUCCUCCCUCCACUCAGAUCUCACUGGAGCCGGCCGUCAACUCCUCCGACCCCGUCUCCGUGAGCCCGUCGCUGGAGCCGCAGCCCGACGCCGGUGUGUGGAACAGCACGGCCCACACCUCUGUGGACACACAAACCGAUCACACUGAGGCCCAGCCUAAUGAUGAGCAUUAGCAACAGUCAGAUUUCCUUCAUGCUCUUUUCUAAAUAUAUCAACAUGUAACCUAAAUGGAAAGUAAACACUGGGGGUGUCUGUCUGUGUGUUGGACAGACAGACAGCCUAGUUGUCAUUGUGUGAAGGCUGCGUAAGCACUCACACUGUCGUGGUCCUGUUCCUCUUUAUAAUCUCUGUGCCCGUGUAUCACACCAACUCCUUCUUACAGCACUCAGUCAUUACACAUGUUGUAUGAUAGCUUUGCACCUGCAGCUUCCUGUGUCACCACUUUCCACUCUGUCCCUCUGAUGUGGACAUAUCUGCAUCAUAGGGUUAAGAAAGCUGUAUGUGUUAGUUUAAAAGUAAUUAUUCAAAGUUAUUCUGUUUAAUGAAACUAGGCUGAGGGCAGGAACAGAACAAUGGAAGUCUGUGUUCAGCUGAUGCGCAUCGACGCUGGGGAUAACCACGGUAGGUCAUUACAUCACAGGAGACCCAACUAUCUUAACUUGAUGUUUGACUCUGUAAUUAGUGGUUCUUGAUCUUUCUGUCCACUCUGAACUUCCUGUAAAGCUUACUCUCAUCCUACUGUAGGUUUUUAGCAACAUGUUGUGAAACCACUGUAAAUUCAGCUUGCAGGUUCAUUGAUAUAUUUGCUUCACUGUUGUGUAGUUAAGAAAUGUAUUAGUGAAUCUAUGAAACGUAGUAUCCAUGGAAAACAUGUCUUGUUUUUCAGUUAAAAACCCCAUGACCAAUAAACAAUUCAAAAGUG